GUCUUUAGCAGUGCAAGCUCGUAAAAGCGAUGUCGGCGGUAUCAUCUGAAUUGAUGGACCAUUCAGCGCUUACUCCUUCGGAUGAAUGUUCCAAAACACUGGGAACACCGACUCCUUCCUUUCCUUCUCCCCCCGUGUCCGAAGUGCAUACGAGUAGCCCAUCCACCACCAUUACAACCUCCCAAUGCUCCUGUGCCGCAUCUCAUAAAACUGUAGUCAAUUCCCCCGCGUCCCACAAUUGCCGCAAGAUUCCUGUACCCCACCGUUCCCUCCCCUCUUCACUGACCAGCGACCAAAAGCGCGAAUUGGGCAUCAUCAAGCUGGACGUGUACACCGCCUACCGUUUGGAACCCGCACAACUCCUAUUUGACCGCGAAGCACGACGAAAGGCGCUCUGGGCGUGGAAGCGGAAGCGGGUUGCUUAUGGCGACAGUGAGGAUGAGACUUUUGGAAGGAAAGUGGGAAGGCCUAGACGGCGAGGACGGGGCGGAAGAAAACCCAUGACCAAUCGUUUUGCGGAGGGAUUCUCACCAGAUGAUAUGGCGCUUAUGCCAAAGACAACCGGCACAACCCAAGGUGCUCCAGUUAUUACGUGGACCAAAGGUGAACCGCUUCUCAUAACCCCAGCAACACCUUAUUAUAGCCAUCUCACCCCCGAAGAACUUCACACGUGUUCGACACUCCGUCUUCUACCAGAGACCUACCUGAAAAUAAAGGAAACCCUUCUUACCGCCAAAGCAGAGCGAGGGCCUUUUAAAAAACGAGAUGCUCAGAAAUGGUGUAGAGUGGACGUUAACAAGACUGGAAAAUUAUACGAUUGGUUCGUCGCUUUGGGCUGGUUGGAAGCAUAUGACGCUCCACCGUCAACUGGCGUAUAGUACAGUAGUAAAAGAGACUAUUUGACCGGUUGCAUGCUAGCGUAUUUUCAUAUACUAUUACUGUAUGGCACACCAUUCUUUGGAAUCUUUUGUGUAUGUAAUGUUGCUCGCCUGUGUAUUAUUUUCUUGCAGCUGAACCAGAUGGUCAUAUCUUGAGGAAAUCGUUGCUUUGUCCAUGUCGCGUAUGAUUAAGUAAUCUAUGAUAUUCGGGGGAAACUUUGCUGAGGUAUCGGA